GAGGAAGCCAUCAGUAUGGAACAAAGAAUUCCAAAGCAGAGUGUGGAACAAAGAAUUCCAAAGCAGAGUGUGGAACAAAGAAAAGACAUACGAGAGCUAAAUAGACCUAAAAUGACACCAAAACAACAGAUAAAUAAGCCACUAAAACAAAACUCAAUGCGUACUGCUUCGCAAAAUCAUCGUCCCAAGCCAAAGGUUGCAAGACGACCGUUUGAUGAUGAGGAGGAUGAAAUGGAUAUCAGUAACAUGAUCAGAUCGAUGUUUAACUACAAUCCCAGGAAUUUUGUUGACGAUGAAGACGACGACGAUAUGGAGGCAGGCUUUGAUGAAAUCAUGAGGGAAGAAAGGAGGAGUGCCCAAAUUGCUAGAAAGGAGGACGAGGAGCAACUUAGGUUAAUCGAGGAGGAAGAGGAAAAGGAAAGAGAGAGGAGAAGACGAAUGGCCAAGUUAAAGAAACGGAAGUUUGGCGAGUAGUUGUUAGUAAGUCGUUUUGCUUCCGUAAGAUGUCACUGUUUUGGUCAUGGAAUUAGAUUAUUCAAUUCAUCGAUGAAGAUAGAAAAAUAUUUGCCUCACAUUUAGCUUGUUUUAUUUAAUUCAAGUACUUGGAAAAGAUAUACCCGUUGUGGCCAGUUUCCAUUUUUAGCCAAGGUAAGGGCAGGGAUAGGGGUUGCAUUGUAUUGUAUGAUUUCAGCUUUUGCACAUUGAUUGGCUGUCAUUAUAAUACCCAAUGGAAGAUUGGAAAAUUAGAUAUA